CCGCUAAACCUUCUCUAGGGCUUGUGAAACUGACCACAACCAGAGCAUGGAUAUGGGAAACCAACACCCCAACAUCAGCCGGCUGCAGGAGAUCCAGAAGGAGGUGAAGAGCAUCGAGCCCCAGGUGGUCGGCUUCAGCGGGCUGUCGGACGACAAGAACUACAAGAAGCUGGAGCGGAUGCUGAUGAAACAGCUUUUCGAGAUCGACUCCGUGGACACGGAAGGGAGGGGCGACGUUCAGCAGGCGCGGAAGCGGGCCGCCCAGGAGACGGAGCGCCUGCUCAAGGAGCUGGAGCAGAACGCCAACCACCCGCACCGCCUGGAGAUCCAGAACAUCUUCCAGGAGGCCCAGGCCCUGGUGCGGGACCAGAUCGUGCCCUUCUACAGCGGCGGCAGCUGCGUGGCCGAGGAGUUCGAAGAAGGCAUUCAGGACAUCAUCCUGAGGCUGACGCACGUCAAGACCGGCGGGAAGGUGUCCCUGCGGAAGGCGCGCUACCACACCCUCACCAAGAUCUGCGCGGUGCAGGAGAUCAUCGAGGACUGCGUGAAGCGGCAGCCGUCCCUGCCGCUCUCCGAGGACACGCACCCCUCCGUGGCCAAAAUCAACUGCGUGAUGUGCGAGGUGAACAAGGCCAGGGGCACUCUGAUCGCCCUGCUGAUGGGCGUGGCCAACAACGAGACGUGCAAGCACCUGUCGUGCGUGCUCUCGGGGAUGAUCGCGGAUCUGGACGCGCUGGACGUGUGUGGGCGAACCGAGAUCCGGAAUUACCGCCGGGAGGUGGUGGAGGACAUCAACAAAUUACUGAAGUAUUUGGAUUUGGAGGAGGAAGCAGAUACCACCUAUGCGUUUGACCUGGGACAGAAUCAUUCCAUCCUGAAAAUAGAAAAGGCCCUCAAGCGAAUGAGAGAGAUUAAAAACGAGCUCCUGCAGGCGCAGAACCCUCCCGAGCUGUACCUGAGCUCCAAGACGGAGCUGCAGGCCCUGAUCGGGCAGCUGGACGAGGUGAGCCUGGAGAAGAACCCCUGCAUCCGCGAGGCCCGGCGGAGGGCGGUGAUCGCGGUGCAGACCCUCAUCACGCACAUCGACCUGAAGGAGGCGCUGGAGAAGAGGAAGGCCUUCGUGUGCGAGGAGCACCCGUCCCACCGGGCCGUCUGGGCCAUCCUGGGCCACCUGUCGGAGAUCCUGGGAGAAGUCCUGUUGUUCGACGGGAACCGGACUGACAAGAACUACAUCCGGCUGGAGGAGCUGCUCACCAAGCAGCUGCUGGCCCUGGACGCGGUGGACCCGCAGGGCGAGGAGCAGUGCAAGGCGGCCCGGAAGCAGGCCGUGAAGCUGGCCCAGAACAUCCUCAGCUUCCUGGACCUGAAGUCGGACGAGUGGGAGUACUGAGGCCGGGCGCACGCCCCGUUCAGCACUUACCCAGACGUGUAUGUAUUUACGGAGGCUUUCGGUGCGCUGAGCCUAAAUGUGAUUUGUAUGUGCAUAUUGCAAUCUCAGUAUUUAUGAUUUCAGCAAAUUAUAUUCCGUAACUGCUGCUUUUGAUGUCGCAAAAGAAAUGUCAUUACAGCUCACUGACUUUUCCCUGGGAUCUGAUCCGUACGUUGUGGUGUUAUUUUCUUAAUCAGAAAAUGGCAUUGGGGCAGCUUUUGUAAUUUUUAACUUUGUAAUUUUUAGCUGCAAAAGCAUGAAAAUGCAGAUGUUUCAGAACCUAGAACUAGGCCUUGCCUUGCCUGAGACUAGGACAGCUGUGAGGAAGGGAAGCUUUAGGUUGAUUAGAGGGAAGGGCUGAGCACAGAAGUAGUGAGUGUGUUUUCUGCUAAUAAAGCAGGACUGUUCCAUUCA